AAGAGAGACGGAGGAGCUCCGUGGAAGUUGAGUCUCCACCUUGGACGAAGAAGAAGAAGAAGAAGAACACGACGAAGAAAAAUAAUAAUAAUAAUAAUAAAAAAGAGAAUAGAUUUUCCCGUGGACUUACAAAGCGGACAGCUGGAGGACAAGUGGGAUAUUUACGUGACGAGGAUCGCGUUUCGCUGAACAUUAGCUGCCUUGAGAAGACUAAGCUGCUGAACUAGCAGCCGCGCUGUUAUUGUGCAACUUUUCUUGACGUUCACAUCAGCAAGGAAGAGCAAACAUGUUCCACCUCGGCCUCCUGCUGCUCUUAUCUGCCUUCUCUUGCGUCCUCUCGGAGUCGCAGGUGAGAGAGACGGAGACGUGGAUGCCCCUGAAGUCUACGCAUGCGGUUGCCAUGGCAAUGCGGCAUCACGAUCGACUGGAAUCGUCGGGAGACGGGCAGAAUGGCUCGGACUUUGGCUUCGAGGACGACGAAGACUACUAUGAGACUUACGAUGACGAAGAUGAGGAUGAGAUGUCGGGGUCGGGCGAUGGAGAAAGGACGCAGUCACAUGACCAGUCAGCUGGACGUGAGAUGCCGGCGCCCACUGAGCUCGACGCGGACAACAGGAUUCCUGAGGCGGAUCCGCCAACACCGCCCGGCGCCAAUGAGGUGGAGAUGGUGCAGAACAGCAAUGAAAUUCCUCUACUGAGGAACAGGCAGGACUCUGGCCCCGAGCUGCCGUCUAACGUGCUGAUGUCCCACGCCGCCAAUGACAGCGUCUUCGCCAAGACCGAAGUCCUGGCAGCGCUGAUCGCAGCUGGAGCCGUGGGCCUGACGCUCGCCAUCCUGCUCGUCCUGCUGCUCGUCCACCGUAUGAAGAAGAAGGACGAAGGAAGCUACGAGCUGGGAAAGAAACCCAUCUACAAGAAAGCCCCCUCUGCUGAGAUCUAUGCUUAGGCCCCGCCCAUCCAAUAGUCGUCAUCAGCAAUGGGACUGACUCCUCCCCCUCCUGAGCCAAUCAGGGGCCUGUUUGUCCUUAUUUAUUCACUACACACAAGCUACGCUAAUGGUUAGCGCCGGGUGCCGCUGAUCUCCAUUGAAAUUUGUUUUUAUUCCCAUGGAAAUGACCUUCAUGUUUCUGCAACACACACACAAAGCGGUGUGAAAGCCUAAAAUGAAUCCAAACCAGUUUGAGUCUGUGGCCAUAAUGUUCCACGUUAUGCUUACACUAGGUAGGUGCCCUGUGUUGGAGUCGGGUGAUAUGUAACGGCGCCUCCUACAGGCUGGUGGUAGCCGAUGGCGUGCAAGGCUGCUGCUUAGCUACUUCCGAGCAAGAAGCUACUGAAUUGACUUUUGUGGAGUGUUUAACUCCGCCCUCUCCUCUCAGCACGCCCUGCUACUUUGUGAAUAUUUGUGUACUUUUUGUAAUUGUUCUAGCAGUGGACGUUGCGGUACUUCUUUGGCAAUAAGCUAGUUGUUUGUUUUUUUCCCAAACAAGGUACUUCAUUGUCUGCCAAAAAUUUUAAGCCAAACAACUUUUGAUACUAACUCCUUAGAAACAACUUUUUAUACACUACUUCGACAUUUCACACCUUUUGAUGUUUUUCUAGAAGCUCACAAUCAUGUGACUAACUUUGACCUCUCACUAGCAAACCGCGGUGGAGGCUAGCAGCGCGGUCGGCUAGUUUGCUGCUGAAGGUCAAAGCUUUUGGAAAUAAAACAUUUUUAUGCACAUCAA